CUGUUUUUAGACAACAAAUAAACUGAUUGAUAUCGCGUACUAUUGCAGAGUUUAAUAAAUUACGUGGCGUUCUGAUUGCUAAUGUGUUCUUUAUAAACUAGAUGAUGGAAAUUAUAUUCUAAAAAUUCCAAUAUUCACAUAAUCAUAACUUAAUGGCUUUCGUCCAAGUGGUGCAGGUGGUACUUAUCGCCGGCUUGUCAUUGGUAGCUGGAAUCUUAGCUGUGCUUUUUGUUAUACAAAAAGCCAUAACAAAGCCAUUUCCUGUUAUUAAAAGACGUAAGGAGGAGAGGCAUUUCCUUGACCCGAUAAGGAUACAAAAUGUUGAUUUCCCCUCUGUGGAAGAUGCACCAACAGUCCACUUAAGUGUUAUUAUACCAGCUUAUAAUGAAGAACAACGGUUGCCAAAAAUGUUGGAAGAAUGCAUGAGUUUCUUAGAGGAAAAAGCGAAAGAUGAGAUAUUUACUUAUGAAGUAAUUGUCGUUAGUGAUGGGAGUAGUGAUGGCACAGUUUCUCUUGCAUUAAAGUAUUCAAAACGCUACACCGUGAACAAAUUUCGAGUGUUAGAGCUUUUGGACAACCGAGGCAAAGGAGGAGCUGUCCGUUUGGGAAUGCUAAGUGCAAGAGGCCAAUACCUAUUAUUUGCUGAUGCAGAUGGUGCGACAAAAUUUUCCGAUUACGAUAAGUUGGAAAAUAAUAUGAAAAGUAUUACAAAAGAUUGGCAGUCAGAUGGAAUUGUGGUCGGAUCGCGCUCACAUCUUGAGCAAGAUGCUAUUGCAUCACGUAGUCUAUUCAGAACACUUCUUAUGCACGGUUUUCAUUUCCUUGUAUGGCUCUUUGCUGUCCGAAGUAUACGAGAUACCCAAUGUGGCUUCAAAUUACUAACUCGUUCCUCUGCACAUACUUUAUUUAAAAAUUUACACGUUGAACGUUGGGCAUUCGAUGUAGAGCUUCUUUAUAUAGCGGAACGCUUGAAAAUACCAAUAGCUGAGGUGGCAGUAAAUUGGAAAGAAAUUGAAGGCUCUAAAUUGACACCGGUCUGGUCGUGGAUUCAAAUGGGAGUUGACUUAUUUUUGAUCUGGUUCAGGUAUACGAUCGGAGCAUGGCAACUAUGUGACCAAAAUAAAGAACAUGUCUCGUAAAAGUCAACAAUUUAAUGUUAAUAAGAAAUUCGCGCAAACUUACGUUCCAGUACUACUGCAUUGUUGAAACACGAUUGUUUAAACAAUACAUACAUAUUUAAGUAUUCUAAAAGUAAACCAAACAGAUGAAUGUUUUUUUUUUUAAAUAAAUAUUUGCAUUUUCUCGAAAAAAGAAGUAAUAAAGUCUGGGAGACCCAAGUUAUUUACCUAAAAAU